AUGUUUAAUAAUAAUCCUUAAAAAUACAUAAACAGAAAUGAUAUCAAGGAAAUUAAAAAGAAAUUUGAUUGGAUUGUCAUUCAUUCCGUUAAUAGCAAAAUUCCUGGAGUUACUUUAGAGCAAGCUAUGCAAAUCGUGGCUUAAUAAAUAGAUUCAUCGCCUCAUAUAUUUUCAAGAUGGGUUACUAGAUAAAGUCGAAGAAAUGUGGCAACAUGGCCUUAGAUUCUAGAAUUGAUUGAGACAUACAACUAGUAAUAGGAAACAGCAUUCGAUAAUUAAAUUUAUGAACAAUCAAGUUUCUAAUUCAUCGAAGAUAAGUUUAUGGUAAUGAAACCAUCAUACUUCUAAAUAACAAACUAAUAAGAAAAAUAAAUCUUUGUCUAUUACAUUGAAAAUAUGUCAUAUGUCAAAUUGAAAUAAGAAUUCGCUAUUCUAAUUUUUAACAAUAAAACGUUAGCUCUUAUGAACAUUCAUAAUUUCAAACCAAUCCUUGUGGUUUCUGCUUAAUCAAUUGAAAAAACAAAGAAAAAACAGGCAGACGAGUUUAUGGGUAUCUUAUAAAGACUUGAUUAAUAAUAAUCUAAAGACAGUUGGAAAAAAUAAAUUAAUUUUUACAAAAAAUCAAUAGAAAACUCUUUUCAUUUCGAAAGAUUGGACACAAAUUCUUCAAUGAAAGAAAGACUGGAUCCCAUUUUGCAAUGCAAAAGAGAUAUAGAACACCUAUAAAAGGUAGUUAAUUUGAAUCCCUGGGAUCCACAAUUAAGACCUUUAAAUCCAGAUCCUAAAAUGCAAUUAAUUAGAAAAAGAGGAUAAUCUGAACAUUCUAAACGUUACCAAGUUCUUGAAUAAGAGAAUUAUAAAUUGAAUUCUUCCUUAUAAGUUUAGCUAAUCUGUUCAAAAGAUAAUAAUAUUAUAUUAGUCUUAGAAAAUCUAGUGCUAUAAUAUUAUUAAUUGGAGUAUGAUUAUAAAAAUGGUGAUUACUCCUUAAAAAAAUGUCAUGAAUUCACAUUAAACGAUAAAAUUGAUUAAAUUGCCAUAACUUAGAAUAAAUGGAUUAAGUAAGAUCAUUGUUUAAUUUUGAAAUCAAAAUAAAUGUUAGUGUAUUCUAUGCCUGAUUUUAAAUUAGUGGAUAAGAUUUAGGUGGGUUAAUAAGCAGAUACAAUGUUAUCAAAUAAGAUUAUUAUAAUUUGUUAAUAUGAUGGAUUAUUCAGUAUAAUAAAAGAGAAUUUAAGGAAAAAUCAAUAAGAAUAAUUUUAUUCAGUGGGUCUUUAAAAAUAGGUUAAAUUUAAUGAUCUCAAAUAAUCAGUUUCAAGUCUUGAUUAUUCAAGCAAAUACUAAUUUGUAAUUUUUGGCAGCAUGUGUACGUUGGUCAGCAUUUAUGACAUUCGCAAAGGAUAGUUUAUCCAUUAAUUUAGUGUUCUUAACACAUCUUAAUAAUUUAAUCAGAUGAAUGAUAAGAUUCUAAGGGUUUUUGUAUUUGACUCUUAAAAUCAAUAUCUAAUUAUUUUUACAUCUGGAUAUGUUACAAUUUGGGACAUUUAGAGACAUAAAAAAAUAUAAGAAUGUAUGAAAUAAUCGCCAUAAAAUAAAACACAACAAUAGUAUUUUUAAGGUAUGUUUUUGGAACAAAGAGGAAUGCUGUUAUUAGGAGGAUUCAAUCUCUAAAGUUGGGUAUCUAGAAUCAACCCAAUACAGAUUUCGGAUACUAUUUUAGAUUCCAAUUCAUCUCCUAUAUACUCCUGA